UAUUUAUGUUUACAACCUUCCAAAAGUUACAGUUUCCAUUAGGUUAGGUGCAAAUAUAAGUUUUGUUUUCAGUUUUCUUUUAUGUUAAAAACAUUAAACAGUUAAAAUGAAGCUUUAUUGUCUGAGCAAUGACCCCAACAAACCGUGCCAUAUACUAACAUUCAAUGAAAUUACAAUGAUGCUGGACUGUGGUCUUUCAAUGCAAUCAGUAUUGAACUUCCUGCCUCUUCCAUUUGUUGCUACCAAUCGGUUGCUCAAUUUACCCACAUGGAUGCCUAAUGAUGUUGUUGAUGCUGAUUUGGAAGGUGAAUUAAAAGAAAAUUGUGAUAGAGUAUUUGUGGACUCUCCAUUGGAAUUUUGUCCACCACUAGACAAACUUAUUAAUUUUGCUCAGGUUGAUGUUAUUCUGAUAUCAAAUUAUUUGUGUAUGAUGGCAUUACCAUUUAUUACUGAGGGAACUGGUUUUCAAGGAAGGGUUUAUGCAACAGAACCAACUUUGCAAAUUGGAAGGUUAUUACUUGAAGAAUUGGUGAUUUAUAUUGAGCAAUGUCCGAAAGCUGGUUUUGCCACUCAAUGGAAGAAUUUCGUUCAUAAAUUACCGUAUCCUAUCAAUGAAGCAUUCAAACCAAAGUCUUGGAAACAAAUUUAUAAUAUGGCGAAUGUAAAUGCGAGUUUAUCCAGGAUUCAGAUGGUCGGUUACAAUGAGAAAAUUGAUGUUUAUGGCGCGUUGCAAGUAGUCCCAGCAAGUUCCGGGUUUUGCUUAGGUUCAAGUAAUUGGAUUAUCACUACGGAUUAUGAGAAAAUCGUUUACUUGAGCGGAUCCAGUACUUUGACUACACAUCCUAGACCUAUGGACCAUAAUUCAUUGAAAAACGCGGAUGUUUUAAUUAUGACUGACCUAACGCAAACUCCUAUAUCGAAUCCAGAUUCAAUGCUAGGAGUGCUGUGUGUUGUAGUUGGGAUGACUCUGAGAGGUGGUGGUAACGUUUUGAUACCUUGUUAUCCAACAGGAGUUGUUUACGAUCUUUUCGAAUGUUUAUCGUUGAAAAUGGCAGAUUUAGGAGUUGCCAAUUGUCCCAUGUUUUUCGUAUCCCCAGUCGCUGACAUGUCUUUAGCUUAUUCGAAUAUUUUGGCUGAAUGGUUGUCUUCGGUAAAACAGAACAAAGUGUAUAUUCCUGAUGAGCCGUUCCCACACGGAAUGCUCGUGAAAUCCAACAAAUUGAAACACUUCAAACAUAUCUAUUCCGACGGAUUUAGUACAGAUUUCCAAGAACCUUGUGUAGUAUUUUGCGGACAUCCCAGUUUACGUUUCGGAGAUGCCGUGCAGUUCGUGGAGAUGUGGGGUAACAAUCCAAGAAAUUGUAUAGUAUUCACAGAACCGGACUUCGAUUAUAUCGAAGCUUUGGCCCCUUACCAGCCUCUGCAAAUGAAAGUCGCUCAUUGCGCAAUCGACACAUCUUUAAAUUUUACUCAAGCCAACAAAUUGAUUAAGGAAUUGAAACCGACGACGCUUGUGGUUCCCGAAUGCUACACGAAACCGCCUGCAGGUGCUCCAAAUUUAACAGAGCUAGUCAUAGACAGUACGCCGGAACGCACCGUUAUCCCAUACAAAUGGGGAGAGGUCAUAAAUCUGCCUCUGAAACGGAAACAAGGCAAAGUAUAUAUAGAAAACGAUGUAGCUAAGCAAGUGCACCCGGUGGAGAUCAAGCCAGGAACAUUCUUGUCUACCAUCACGGGCAAUUUCAACGUGAAAGACAAUAUCUAUAACGUGAAAGAAUUGAAACCCACGUCCGACAUCGGACCUCGAAAUAUCAACUACGAAUGGGGGAGCAUCAAUUUAUCAGAGCUGAUGGCGAAGUUAAGUAAGGAAGGAAUCAACGACGCGAAACUGGAUAACACGGCCAACGGAUACGUCAUUCACCUGCAAGAGAAAGACGCACUCAUUCAUCUGGACGAGAAGAACACGCACGUACUCUGCAACAGCGACGAAAACCUGAGAAGUCGUUUAAGGACAAUUUUAAUGCAAUGUUUAAAGAAGUUUUAAUAAAAAAAUUAUUUAUACGAUUA